CAGUACAAAUGAACACCUUCUUAAAGAAAACCCAUGAAAACACACCAGAUGAAUACAUGGACACUCGAUCAUUAGGGGUUAUUCUGAUAAGUAUUUACAGUCUACAGUUCUCAGUCGGCCUCCGUGCAAUAAUGAGCACAUUAUGACCCAAACUGGUCGGGAGUGAGAAAGGCUACUUUGUGAGUAACUCCAUUGAGUAGGAGGGUCAUGCAGGCCAGUCCUGUAUAUAUGGCAGCAAUGUUUCCCUCACCCGAGUCACCAGCACGGAUAUUUGUGUUGUCUUUGUCGCGCCAGCACAGACCACUGGUUGGCCCCUCGUAGGACCGGAGAUAAAGAAUUGACUGAUUAGGACCUGAAACGGGGACCUGAACAGCUACACUCUCUCUGACGUGAUAACUGCCUGAGUGGACUGAGACCACUUUGUAAGACCACUGCAUUUUAUUUAUUUAUUUAUUUUUAGAAAAGCUACUCAACGAAGUAAAGCACAUAUAAUCAAUGACUGAUAAAAGGGCAAUCGGUAAUCAGGGCGUAGUUUUCUGUCCUGUGGACUGCAAAGGAAAUUCCAGGCAUCAGCACUAUCAUAUCUUGGGGAGAUAAAGGAGGUCACAUAUAAAAUAAAUAUAUAGUUUUAAGGGGAUGACGGAUCCUCUCAACACACCUGUGAGGCAGAGACCUACAAAGACGUGAGUGUUCAGUUUUCUACGUCUCACUCUCUGACGUGUUCUGUUGUGGAGUUCUCGGGAAACUGGACUUUUUACUUGCUCUUUUUCUGUAGAUUCAUCCCACAUUUUUCCAGUGAAAAAGGAACACCAUACUCUGAAACCAGUGAUGUUUCUUGAUAGGGAGAGCUGACCUGGCAAUCAUUUACUGACACAUCCCCUGGUCUGCCCUUCCUGUCCUUCUCCUCUCCCCUCGAUCUUUCACAAAUUUGCUCUGCCCGUCUCCACAACAUCAACCUGCUCUCUCCCGCCUGUGGGCUCUUGCAUAAUCCCCUCACUCUUCUGAUCCGAACCCCAGGCAGAAGCAUGCCGUGUGGUGCGGUCAAGUCCUUUCUGGUGAGUCUUUCUCGCAGGAAGCCCAUCGAGCCCGAUGGGGAAGAGUCCACCUUUAACCGAUGCCUGACCACCCUGGACCUGAUCGCCCUGGGCGUGGGCAGCACCCUGGGAGCCGGUGUCUAUGUGCUCUCCGGAGAGGUGGCCAGAGACACCGCAGGACCCAGCAUUGUCAUCUCCUUCUUCAUCGCUGCCUUGGCGUCUAUAUUUGCCGGACUUUGCUACGCGGAGUUUGGAUCCAGGGUCCCCAAAACGGGCUCGGCUUACCUUUACAGCUAUGUGACGGUUGGUGAGCUGCUGGCUUUUAUCACCGGCUGGAAUCUGCUGCUCUCCUAUGUCAUAGGAACAUCAAGCGUUGCUCUGGCGUGGAGCGGGACGUUCGAUGACCUGAUUGGGGGGGUCAUAUCCAGGUACUUCGAGAAAAAUGCAGCCAUGGACCUUCCUGGACUGGCGCCUUACCCAGAUGUCUUUGCAGCUGGACUCAUCUUGCUGCUCUCGGGCAUACUGGCGUUUGGGGUGAAAGAGUCAACGACCAUCAACAAGAUCUUCACGGCGAUCAACAUCUUAGUGCUGCUGUUUGUGAUCAUCUCUGGCUUUAUCAAAGGGAACCUCGCCAACUGGCAGAUCAGCAAAGAGGAUCUGAUAAACGCCACAGCACAGUUCAACAACCUGAGCGACACCCUCAACGUAACGAGCAAAUACGGAGCCGGGGGAUUUUUUCCUUAUGGAUUCAGCGGCACAUUGGCAGGAGCUGCAACGUGUUUCUAUGCCUUCGUCGGAUUUGACUGCAUCGCUACGACAGGCGAGGAGGUGAAAAACCCUCAGAAAUCUGUCCCUGUGGGCAUUGUGGCUUCUCUCCUGAUAUGCUUCCUGGCCUACUUCGCGGUGUCUGCCGCCCUCACCUUGAUGAUGCCCUACUACAUGCUCAACGAGAAGAGCCCUCUGCCAGUGGCCUUCGAAUACGUUGGCUGGGGACCCGCCAAAUACGCCGUGGCCGUGGGAUCGUUGUGUGCCCUGUCCACCAGCCUGCUGGGCUCCAUGUUCCCGAUGCCUCGGGUUCUCUUCGCCAUGGCAAGAGAUGGCCUGCUUUUCCAGCCUUUGACCAAAGUCACUGCCAAGGGCAGUCCCGCCAUAGCCACCAUAUCGUCCGGAGUCGUGGCAGCCAUUAUGAGUCUCCUGUUUGACCUGAAAGCCCUGGUGGAAAUUAUGUCCAUUGGUACUCUGUUCGCCUACACACUUGUGGCAAUAUGCAUCCUGAUACUGAGGUACCAGGCUGCCCCAUCUGAAGACACAGACCUGCAGGUCAAAGAACCAAACCCCAAGUUUCGGUUCCUGAAGCCUCCCUCGUCUCCCAACUCUGUCACAGCACGAAGAGUCACAAUCCUAACUAUAAGUUCUGUUGUGUGUGUGGUUGCACUGUGCGUCAUCUUGACCCAGGCCAUAGACGCUCUGGUAAACGUAGAGGCAUGGAGCGUGGUGCUCGUUUGCAUCUUCUCCUUCCUCCUGCUUCUCAUCUCAAUCUUCAUCUGGAUCCAACCACAGAAUCCCACAAAGGCAACUUUCAUGGUGCCAUUUCUGCCAGCUCUACCUGUAGUGAGCACGCUCAUCAACGUCUACCUGAUGGUGCAGUUGGGUUCAGCCACAUGGCUGCGAUACGCUAUCUGGAUGUUAGUGGGGUUAGUUAUCUAUUUUGCCUACGGAGUCCGCAACAGUGUUCAGAGGAAGCGACUCAGGACCCACCGGACCAACGUCGAAACAGUCAGCAGCAAAACAGACACGCACGUAAUUAGAGAGGAGAAGUUUUGAGCCCCAAAGGGGGGUGAAGACAAGAUACACUGAGAUGUUACAUAGAGUAACUACGUAAGAACUGUGUAACUAAAUCCUUCUACAUGCAUCAAUUAGUAUCUACUUUUGUGGGUUUUAUUGACCAAAAGUGCCAGUAAGCAGGUUUUGCAGAACAUUUGGAAAGAAAUGUCCAAAUAGGGGGAGCAUUUUUUUGUUGUUUUUUUUUCCUUAUCUGAAACUGAGUUGCAUCUUCCCAGUCAGAUAUGUGUGCUGUGUAACACAUCACUGCAUAAUCAGCAUGUUUAGGUUCAGAGAAAUUUAUUGUACUUCCUAAAAGGCCUCGGAGGGAAACAAAUAUUUUAAAGUAAAAUAAAUUAUUUAACAUAUUUGUGUAUUUGUGUUGCCUCUCACGCUGUGGUUAUGAAAUGAAAAAGGCUAAUAAACAAAAUGAUCCUUAUUUUGUAACAUUUUGAUACAUUAAAUUGAAGAAUAUUGUAUUUACCUCUAAAAUUGUUGCCAUUUUGUUAUAGUGAUAAUGAUUUUAAGCUGCAUGUUUUGUCUUUCUUUUUGUUUUUUUGUUUUUUGCUUUUUGGCACAAGCAGAUGUGCUUUAAACAAAAUGCUAUUUUGUGUAACAUCAUAUUUGGUUUGUCCUUUUUUGUUGUUUAAACAUAACUCUGCUAAAAAUUGCAUUGUGUUUUUACAUGUAAAUAUGAACAUUUUGCAUAUUUGCUCAAAUUCUGUAAAUGUAUUCCUUAAUUUAAAAAGGAAAAGGAAAAAAAAAACACAACAACAUUUAAUUGUAACCUGGAGUUACUUUUGUCGCAGGUUGACUGAAAGUGAAAUAAAAUGAUAAAUAUCACCA